AUGGGUUUAAAGUCUAUUACCAGCUGGCUCAAGGAACAUCUUCCCACGUUUGAUGUUGACGUAGACAAACAUUUUCGAACUUUAAGAGUACGCAAAUAUUCUCAGAUAUGUCUUUUAAUUUCUUUCAUCAUAAUAUGUGUUGUUAUACCCUCAAUGAACUGCCUGUUGUUAACGAACAAAUUCUUCAAGAUCUGUCAUCAUUUAAAGCAUCAUGUCUUCAAUAGGAGGUCAUGGAUCCACAAGACACAUAUUUAUCAUAAACAAUCGCUACAGUUAUGUUUAGUGUGCCUUGUUUUCACUUCAAUUUUUGUUUUUCAAGGCGCUAACAGAGAUCUCUUAGAGAUUACCAAGCGCAUGGGGAGAAUUUCCGUUGCUUUGAUGCCACCCUUAUUAUUUUUAACCUUAAGACCAUCACCAUUGCCGCACACGUUAUACUUAGCGUUGUUACCUCUUCAUAAAUGGAUAUCCAGAAUUGUUGUGCUUGAAUCUGUCCUUCACACGUGGUUCUAUCUCUAUUAUAUGUACAUUAAUGACGCGUUGUAUGUAAAAAUGAGAAAACUACCCAACAUUUAUGGGGUUAUUGCCCUUGGCCUUUUCCUACUCAUCGCCAUGACCUCCAUAAGAUACGCUAGACGAUGGAGCUACAGAGUCUUUUACUAUGUCCAUUAUAUAAGUACAUGGCUAAUUGUGGUGUUGCUGCAUUACCAUGCUCGGCCAGGCAUCUCAUAUUACACUACUUUGAAUGUGGUCAUCUUAACAGGGCAAAUUAUUUAUAGACUCCAUAUUUCCAAUAUUGCAAGGGCUACAAUUGUACCCAUUUCUUCAUCACUAUCUCUUUUGGAGUUCCCAUUAGCAGAUUUGCCCAAGCGUCCCAUCCUCCCAGGAGGACAUCUAAGGAUUAAUAUUUACCAUAGAAACUUUUUCAGGAGGUGGCUUUCCCAUUUGAUACCCUUCCAACAUCCUUUUACCAUAGCUAGUAUACCAAGUGAUAAUUUGGUGAGACUAAUUAUUAGAAACGGGCAUUUUCCAUUGCGUACAAACGAAAAAUAUUACAUAACAGGCGCUUUUGAACCAGAGUUAAGUUUCAUCUCCAAGCCUAGUACUCCCUUUGAUAUUACCACGAGGUCUUCGAAGAAUCCAUUCCGAAACAACUCUUCUGCAUUAAUAAAUUCGCCUUUAAAUUUUAUUAUCAAAGCGCAAAGAGUGUUCAUGUGUGUAGGAGGUUCAGGUAUAUCCUUUGGCUUGCCAUUGCUUCGUAUUUUAAAUUUUAAUGGUGUAAACGUUAGGUUGCUUUGGGUUUCCAGAGAUUAUAAGGAUCUGGAAGUGUUAAACCACUUCAAAAACAAUUUUGAAGGUAUGGAGAUAUACAUUAGUGGUACCGAAGGCAGUGAGCAGGACAUCGAGAUCGAUUAUAUUGACUAUCAUGACCCUUCUUCAGACCUUGAUAAUGAAGGCAGUAAUCUUUCUUCGAGGGAACAAGUUUCCGCGUUGGGAGAUAAUUGUAUGCUGUCAGAUGCCACCGCUCCACGUACUGAGCCGAAUGAGAACACAGCCCUCUUGAGUAAGAAAUCUACUUUGAGAACUCAUCAAUCGACCAACACAAGCGGUAUACCCGACAUUAAUGCCGAUGAUGAAAUAGAUUUUACGUAUGCCUUUAGUAGAUCGAAAUCAAGGAAAAAUACCACACACGGGACUCUAACUACACAUUCGUCAUUCAAUGGAUCGAACGUUUUCAGACAACCGAAAACCAUUGAACCACCGGCCCAAGAUCCCUGUUUAGCGACACCACCAAAAAAAAUUAGAAUUCCAGCGGGUGUUAAAGUUUACUUUGGCAGGCCUACACUGGGAGAUAGGGACUAUGAAUGGUGCCUGCAAACAGAAUGUGAUGCGGAGACAGAUUCUAUUCAAUGUUGCAGGUGGGCGAAUCAAGGCAGAGAUCACGCUGAAUAUCUAUCACAAGUAUGGGUUCUCGCUGCUGGCCCUAGAGGCUUAAUAGAAAGUACAAGAAGAUGGGCAACAGAUGGUGGACUACAUUUUCACGGAGAAAGUUUUGCACUAUGA